GGAAAGGCUGGCCGCCGCGCCGGAGGCGGAGUCCGCGGGGAAAACGAAACCGAGAGUAAGCGGCCCAGACCUGCAGGGCUUCGGACACGGCGGCAGCUCGAGGUUACCGGAAGGAGAAAUGGCCAAUGAUCUUUCACCAGGUUUCUACUUAGAUGCACUUAAUAAAUACCGUCAGAAGAACAAUGUAAAAGUUGAGUAUCGUGAACUGUCUAAGACAGGACCUUCACAUGACUUAAGGUUUAAAUUUCAAGUUAUAAUAAAUGAAAGAGAAUUUCCAGAAGCUGAAGGCAGAUCAAAGAAAGAAGCAAAAAAUGCUGCAGCCAAAUUAGCGAUUGGAAUACUUAAUGAAGCAAAAGAGGAAGUUAGUUCUUUAUCACUGUCGUCUUUAACAGAUACUUCUGAUGAUUUAUCUGGUGGGAAUUACAUAGGCCUUGUUCAUAGGAUUGCCCAAAAGGCAAGACUGUCUGUGAAUUAUCAAGAACGUGAAUGGGACAAGACUGGGCCCAAAAGAUUUUAUUGUAAAUGCAAAAUUGGAGAGAAAGAAUUUGGUGAAGCUACAGGUCCUACCAAACAGAAGGCAAGACAAUUGGCUGCUAAACGUACAUAUGAAUGUAUACUAUCAGAAAAAACCUCAAAGAAAGAUGAUUCAGCCCUUGGCCUUUCCCCGGCUGGGUCCAGUGACUGUAGAAGCAAUUCCUCGAUGAUUGAUUCUGAAAGUGAAAAUGGCUUUUCAGCAAGUGGAUCAGAAAGAAAGGAUAACAGUUUUGCCAGUUCUCCAUCUUUUAUGAGUAGUUCCAGAAAAAGUCUGGGGAAGGUGAAAAUAAAUUUGGCACCUAAAUUUGAUUCUCCUAGAAAGGAGCAUACUACAGACGACAGGUUUAUCAAGGAUUUUCCAGAAAUAACACCAAUUGGCUCAGGUGGAUAUGGCGAUGUUUUCAAAGCAAAACACAGAAUUGAUGGGAAGACUUAUGUUAUUAAACGUGUUAAAUAUGAUAGUGAGAAGGUAGAACGUGAAGUAAAAGUCUUGGCAACACUUAGUCAUCCAAAUAUUGUUCGCUACUAUAAUAGUUGGGAUGGACUCGAUUAUAUUUGUUCGGAAGGCAUCAACGGAAGAGUAAAGACUAAGUGCCUUUUCAUCCAAAUGGAAUUAUGUGAUAAAGGAACAUUGGAAGGCUGGAUCGACAGCAGAAGAGGCAAGAGUCCAAACAAAUAUCCAUCUUUGGAAUUAUUUGAGCAAAUAGCCAUAGGAGUGGAUUACAUACAUUCAAAACAGUUAAUUCAUAGAGACCUUAAGCCAAGUAACAUAUUUUUAGUAGAUACAAAACAAAUAAAGAUUGGAGACUUUGGACUUGUAACAUUCCAGGAAUAUUCUAGAACGCGGUCAAGUGGUCAGGGAACACCAUUAUACAUGAGCCCAGAACAGGUCUCUUCAGCAGAAUAUGGGAAUGAAGUGGACAUCUUUGCUUUAGGCCUAAUUCUUGCAGAGCUUCUGUACAUAUGUCCCACGCGUUUCGAAACAAUGACGAUUUUCAAAGCUCUACGGGAUGGCCAUAUCCCAGAUAUAUAUGAUGACAAAGAAAAAAUUCUUCUACAGCAAUUAGUCUCAAAGGAACCCAGGAAACGCCCUAAAACAGGUCAAAUAUUGAAGACUCUGAAUGAGUGGAAGAAUGCUCCAAAGAGACCAAUGAGAUGCACGUGGUAGCGCCUUUCUAAGAAAGUAAUCUGCUUCUGAUGCUCCAUUUUCCUGUAACUGGCAAAACUCUGUUCGGAGUAUCAGUGGUGUUUACCUGUUAUUUUCAUUUUUCCCUUAAUUUUUAAAAAUCCUCACCUACGGAUAUGUUUUAUUGAUUUUAGAGAGAGAAGAAGGGGGAGAGAAAGAGAA